GUAUCGAGGCCUCGAGCGCUCUGGGCUGGAGGGACUUCUGAGCGAGGAGGUGUUUGCUUCGUUCGUGCAGUCCGCUGUGCGUGUGAACAAGGCCGACGUCGCAGAGCGGAUGCUCCGGACGAUGCGCCGCAGCGGUCUCGUACCGUCCUUGGAGUUCUGGCAACAUACCAUGAAGCUUCUCUCAA